AGACAGCUACAUAUCCACCAGAACUUCACCAAGUGAAGAUGAAAGCAAGGUGGCUCUUCUCUCUCCUUUGUUUGCUCUCAGUGCCCAAUGUCACAGGUCAGACUGCAGAUGUCAUUACCCCGGCAGAAGUGGUCCAUGCUGUACCUGGUACUGACGUGACCCUGAUGUGCGUGUUCCCAAAACUGCUCACCACCCACAUCAUACAGACCCAGUGGUCCAAGAUUGAUGGCAGCCCGUCUACCAAAAUCGCUGUGUAUCACCCCACCUACGGCACCCAUUACUUCAAGUUUUCUGAGGCUCCUUACAAGUUUUCAGUGUCCUUCAGCACAAGGAGGUGCUGCAGUGGGGAUGACACAGUGUCCUUGUGUUCCACCAAUCCAAAUGCCACGUCUGAAUGCAAUUGGUGGGCUCUGCAUCUGAAAAAUGUUACCGUGUCCCUUAGUGGGAAGUACGAAUGCGCUUUUGCUACUUACCCAUAUGGGACAAAGGCUGCAAAAAUUCAACUUACUGUCAAGGCAGAAGCGUACCCCGAGAUCUUCAUUAGCCUGCAGGAGGGCUCAGCCAGCACCUCGCAGAAGCUGAACGUGAGCUGUGUCGUGAGGAAGGCGUUUCCCAAGCCAAGCCUCCUGUGGUACGUGGACAGAGCGAGCCUGACGGAGCCGCCUGGAGAAAUUUCUGUGGUGCAUGAAGACUUGCAGGACAAUGAAGGUUUCUAUGAGUUGAGAUCAACACUGAUGCUGCAAGGGACCCGUGAGACACACAAGACGUUCUCGUGUGUGUGUCUGUUUCCCUUCCUGGGAAAUGAAACAAGGAAUAUUUCAUCAGAAGAAAUAUUUGUUUCCUUCGACAAUAAGUCUAAUGAAGCUUCAGCUGAAGUUUUUACUACCACGGUUUCAGAUGACUCCAGUAAUUCAGCACUUCCAUCAGCUGUCAUGACAGCCUCAGAGCACCAGUUGACAUCUGUGGCCUCUCUGGAUUUCACAAGUCAAGCAAAUUUGGCUCCUGCUUCCACAACACAAGGCAACGGGAGGAACACCAAAGCCAGUCACUUCCCCUGGCCAACAGCGGUAGCUGUCCUGCUCCUCUUCUGCAGCUUUCUGGUAGCUUUAGGCAUCAGGAAAUGGUGUCAGUACCAGAAAGAGAUUAUGAGCAGACCUCCACCUUUCAAGCCACCGCCACCUCCAAUAAAGUACACCUCCAUGGCAGAGACUGAUGGGGCUCCCCCAUCUUGCCAUGAACUGGAAAACCUGUAA